AUGACUAACCCACAAGACAAUCCUGAAACUCCUCCACCACCCACUCCCUCAAAUUCAUCCUCACCUCUUCCACCCAGUGCAUCUCCAAAACCUAGACUUCGAACGGUGAAAAUGCUUGCUCGAAAGACUGUAGCGUCUGGGGCUCUGAGGAUGACAUUAAAUGAGAAAUUGAAAGCAAGCCAAGCUCAAAAAUCUGCCUCCAGCUCUGAUUCUGAAUCAUAUCAAUCCGCUACAAAGGGGGAAGGACAUGGGUCUUCUAAUUCUGAAAUGACUCAAGAAUCCCCUUCUAAGGGAAAGGUUGCUGAAUCUUCAGAGGCUGCUGAGGAAGAGGAGAUGGAACUGGUCCAUCAAGAAAGGGGUACAUUAGUGGAGGUUUUGACCCCCAAGCCCAAAAAGGCCAAGACUUCCUCCAAGAAGCCUUCCUCUAUGUCUGAGGCUGUUGAACCUACACUAGCCAAGAGGACAAGAUCUGUAGUGAAAAACAAAUAA